AUGGCUCGGCCAAAGGACGAUAAACUCCUGCGUGAAGAGGAGGAGGAGGAGGAGGAGGAGGAAGAAGAGGAGGAAGAAGAAGAGGAGGAAGAGGAGGAGCUGGAAGAAUGGACCGAGCUAAACGACAUUGAUGAGCUUCAAGAUGGUCCCAGCACAUUUUACGUGGGCGGGUUCAGUACCAUAAAAAGACUUCAGGAUGCCCUCAACGUUGUGAAGUACCGCGAUGAUAUUGUCCUUGUAUACCCCGGUCUGUAUGCAGAGAAGGAGGUCUGUAUGGACGAAUCAAGGUUAGACGGCUUAAGUGUGAUGAGUGUGCCUUUGGCGAUGGGUCCAAAGGGGGGAUAUCGGAAAAAAAUACGAAUUCCCAAAGAUGAACGUCGUCUCGGUCCCUGGUAUGCACCAUUUGGGAGUGACGCACCCAAGACGGACGCGGUUACCCCCACCACGACAGAUGCCACACAAUUCCCUGUAUUUGAGGGGAAAUUGAUACUGCGUAGCACAGCUCCUUUUACUCCGCAGGGUGAGCGCAAGACGGUGUACCCCAUCAAACAAUAUGACCCACGCGAGGACGACGAGGAAGACGAAGAACAGGAGAAGGAAGCCGAGGAGGAAGAGGAAGAAAACGAAACUCAAAAGGAGACUGUGAAGCGCUCUCGCCUGGAAUUGCAGGGAUUUUCUUUUCUUGAGGGAGCAGUGUUUGAGCCGCUUAGUCGAGCCACCGUGCGUCACUGUGUGUUUGGUCGAUCCGAGGUGGAGGAAAAAGCAAACAAAACGCAAGACAGUGAUGUUCCAUUGCCGUCCCCCUUGUUGGAGACCACCGUGACUGCACAUCCCCUGACAGAAGUACAGGUUGAAUUUUGUGUGAUUUACGGAAAUCAAAAACAUGGAAUAUACGCCUUUCCACGGUGUGCACUCCGCUUUCACAGCUCCAUGAUUAUCGGCCCUCAAUUUGGUAUUGUCCAUGAAACGCAAGAUUUUUGGUCUCGCGCCGCGCGUCACGCACAAAAGAAUACUUCUUCACAAUCUGUCUCUCGUUCAAGACGUCCGUUGCAGCAGGCAAAGAUACCUGAAAAGACACUUUGCGCUGUGGGCGUGUACCUGGAUGACGCCGAUGUAUCUAUUCAAGAUGUUUUUGUGGCGCAAAGCCACGUGGGAAUUUUGCUUGUCAAUGGCUGCCAUGGCACUUCCGUGAUUGCUUCACGCGUAGAGAGCAUUAGCUCCGUCGGAAUUUUGUUUUCGGGUGAGGACGGUGCGGCAAAGGUUAAGUGCUCCGCUGUUCGAUGGUGUGGUCGGGAGUGUCUUCUCGUGAAGGGUCCUGUGCCGCCAUUACCGCCUGAUCCCUCUCUCCUAAUGGACAUUAUCCACGAUGCUUCCCAGGAUGCUGAGGCAAAGGAGGAAGAAGAACAAGAAGAGGAGGAAGAGGAGGAGGAGGAAGACACUGAAGCAAGAGCUCUUUCUCGGGUGCCGAUACCCACUCAGCAUCCCAUAUUGCGUGGAAAUGCCUUUGAUGGCAGCGUCCGUCUGGAAGGGGACGUCAGCUCUGCUGCCAUGUGUGACAAUGUCAUUUAUGUCGCAAAGGAAGGAGUCUCCCCUGAUGUUCCAACAUUCACAGGGCCUGCCGCGGAAAAGCGUUUUGCGCUGAAGGGAUUUCACGUUCACGUCCGUGGCACCACGCCGCGGAAGAACGACAGUGAUUAG